AUAUUGUAGCGUCAUCCCUGGCGCAACGCAAGACAGAACAGACUUUGCCAUUAUAUUUAACAUGUCUGAAAAUGCAGAGUCUCCCACCGAAACUACAAAAGAUGAGCCUACGACCGCGUCACCUCUUGCCGAAAACUCUGGGACAAAUGAAGAGAAGAAAAAAAUUGACGUUCUGCUGAAAGCGGUAGGGGACACUCCUAUCAUGAAGACAAAGAAAUGGGCGGUGGAACGGGGAAGAACUGUGCAGUCGCUUUCUUCCUUCAUCUCGCGCUUCCUCAAGAUGGAGCCCAGUGAACAACUGUUCAUUUAUGUCAAUCAGUCUUUUGCCCCAUCGCCUGACCAGGACGUGGGUGUGUUAUUUGAAUGUUUUGGCAGUGACGGGAAGCUGGUUCUUCAUUAUUGUAAAUCUCAAGCCUGGGGCUGAGAUUCUGAGAUGGAUCCUCUUCUUUUUUCUUUUUUUUUUUGCUUUUUUGCCCCCUCCCACAAACUGACACUGCACAUCCUACAGACAUGUUGGCCUCACCCACUAGGUUGUUUUUACAAUUGUUGUUAUUACGAAUGCUAGUGUUACCAUUAACAGCUCUUGUUUCUAUUUUCUGUACAUAUCCCAUUGUAAAUAAAUUGGUUUAACAAGGUC